GUCCGAGUCAUACUAGCCACCAAGUAAACAGCAACCUACUUGCCACCUGGGGAGGUGCAGCGUGGCUUGACUGGAUAGUAGCCUCUUUGGGUUUUGCUUCAAACCCAACCUAUUUGAAGGUGCAGUGUGCGCUCAGCAGCGAUCUGAACUAUAUCCUGGGUUCCAGAAAAGGCAGAGGUUCUUACCGAAAGCAGAGUCCAGAAGCUCGAGGAUUCUGAUUUGAAUCCCAAAGUCCAAAAGGUUUAGGAAGGGAAAAAAGUGGAGCAAGCGGGCCGCAUGAAUCCACUAGUGACGUGCGUCCUCGCCCAUCUGUGAGACAGCCCCAACAGCGGCUACCCCAAGGAGCCAGCAGCCUUGUGUCCUGGGAUCCCCAGCCCCUGCAGAAUGACCCACCAGGAUCUGAGCAUCACAGCCAAACUCAUCAAUGGAGGUGUAGCAGGGCUCGUGGGGGUGACCUGCGUGUUCCCCAUCGACUUGGCCAAGACUCGCCUGCAGAACCAGCAUGGGAAAGCCAUGUACAAAGGAAUGAUCGACUGCCUGAUGAAGACGGCUCGGGCGGAGGGCUUCUUCGGCAUGUACCGAGGGGCUGCAGUGAACCUCACUCUGGUCACUCCAGAGAAGGCCAUCAAGCUGGCGGCCAACGACUUUUUCCGGCAGCUGCUCAUGGAAGAUGGGGUGCAGCGGAACCUGAAGAUGGAGAUGCUUGCCGGGUGUGGGGCUGGGAUGUGCCAGGUGGUGGUGACCUGUCCCAUGGAAAUGCUCAAGAUUCAGCUGCAGGAUGCUGGACGCCUGGCCGUCCAUCAUCAGGGCUCGGCCUCAGCACCCUCCACCUCCAGGUCCUACACAACUGGUUCGGCUUCCACCCACAGGCGCCCCUCUGCCACCCUCAUUGCCUGGGAGCUGCUCCGCACUCAGGGCCUGGCUGGGCUCUACAAGGGCCUGGGUGCCACUCUCCUCAGAGACAUUCCUUUCUCCAUCAUCUACUUCCCACUGUUUGCCAACCUUAACAACCUGGGGUUCAACGAGCUCGCCGGUAAGGCGUCCUUUGCACAUUCCUUCGUGUCAGGCUGUGUGGCAGGUUCCGUAGCUGCGGUCGCAGUGACGCCUCUAGAUGUUCUGAAAACUCGAAUCCAAACCCUCAAGAAAGGCCUGGGCGAGGACGUGUACAGUGGGAUCACCGACUGUGCCAGGAAACUCUGGAUUCAGGAGGGACCAUCUGCCUUCAUGAAAGGCGCUGGCUGCCGGGCACUGGUCAUAGCACCUCUCUUUGGGAUUGCUCAAGGGGUCUAUUUUAUUGGGAUUGGAGAGCGCAUCUUAAAGUGUUUUGACUAGACAGAGCUGGAGGUCAAGUCCUUGCGCUCGCCGCCCUCUCUCUAGCUGUUUUACUUAGCCUAGAGGGGGCAAGGGCAGGUGGGGCCACUCUGGCCUGCCUGGUCCUCUGCGUUGUAGUGCUACCUCAAUCUCCGGAGAAACAGCCCUAUAUUCUAACAAGUUGAGCACAGCCUCCUUCCCCUUCGUGUCUACGCUCGUUUUCCUUUGUGGGCACAGCUACCAGGGGCUUUUGGAAGCCCCUAACCACCUAUUUUUCAACAAAAAUGGUACUUUCGUUGUAUUAAUUGCAGGACCUUAACAGGUAGUCACAAUAGAAGGGUUGUUUCUGUAUUUUAACAUUUCUAUUUCACAGUCAAACUCGGCAUUCUUCAGUCAGCUUGAGGAUUUAGCAUUGUUAAUCUUGGACUCCAUAACUUAUGAGUCCUAGCACUGAUUUUGAGGAAAAGGAGGAUCAGAAGUUCAAGGGACUGUGAAAGCCCUCAGAGUCAGCACCUAGUUUGAGACCGAGCACCCUUUCGAAUCCCUGGAUGGCUGGGGGGCCAAGGCCGGCUCUGACUGGGCAGCCCAGCCCCUCCCCCAGAGCCCAGGCUCUUGCACACCCCUCCCUGUAACCAAGGAACACUUUGAAAUAAAGGUGAAUGGCUAAAAUCUCAUCUGUUCAUCAGUGGGUACAGCAGACAGGCUGCAGUGAAUGCUAUCACCAUCUACUUUUCUACGUCCAUUUCAAAACCAAACAUCAAAAAGGGCAUAGAAGCAGACCCCCGUCACUCUUCAAACUGUUACUUGUGGGGGUGGAGGAACACAGCCAUAGGGAAAUAUCUGCUUGUUAGUGACACUGGGCUUUAAGCCUUGAUUCUAUCCCUUCAUAAGUGAAUCGUCUUGAGGAGCUGAGUUUGCUGUGAGAGCCCUCCUCACGCACCUCGAUUCCUCCCCCAAAGGCUGCUACAGGAGAGAUAAUGUCACAGCAGCAGGGCCAAGUCCUAAGAAAAUCAGCACCUGCUGCAGGAGCUGGUGUUUACAAUAGUCCCACCUACUGUGAAACCUGGGCUAACAAGGAAGAGGAUGGUGCUAACAUGGUCAGCCCUGGGGGCCUCACUCUCUGUUAUGAGAACUGCAUUUGAGUAUGGGCCCUGGAGACAGACCUCAGUUCAAGUCCCAGCUCCACCAUGUACUAGCUGCAAGGCCCUGGGCAGCUCUUAGUCGUCACCUACGGAAAAAUAAAACAUGGGACAGGGAAG